GCACCACUGAAAAUACUAUAUAUCACCAAUCCAUAUGAGGCGAAAAAGAUUCUUAAUGAUUGUGAUGCAGUUUCCCGCGCCAUUCCGAACCAAAGAUUAAGACAAUCUUUCGAGAUAUCCAAUCCAUUCACUAAUCCAAAUGAGCAAUAUCGUCAAGAAUUCCGGAAAAAAAUUCACAAAUCCUUUACUUUGCGCGAGGAUGAAUGGAAGAAGAAAUUUGUAAGA